AUGUCUUUCCGUAGCAAAGAACUUGAGUUUAACCUACAAGAAUGGAGUCGAAAAGGUCAUUUUACUCGUGAAAACCGUUGUUCUAGAAGGUUUUCUGCCUCCUCCCGAGAAGAUCGCAAUUCUUAUAGAACAACCUUCACCAUCUCUAAGGAGAUUGACCCAUCAAAUUAUUCAUUCACUAAUGCACUCAAGACAUUGCAAGCAAAAACAGUGUUCAAUAAGAAUCAAGAUUGGUUAAAACCUGAAGGUAUUGAGUUAAACUCGAAAUGGAACGAAGCAGAGAAGUACAUUUGCAAUCCUUUGUCUGGUGAAGUUCCUAUGGAGUGUUUGUCUUCUAAAACCCUAAUUUCAAGAUCUUUCAGAGACGUGCCCAACAUGUCACCUCCAUUCAUGACUUUACCCUCUUAUCAUAAUCUCAACAAUCCAAGAACAACAAAUCCUAACGUUAGAAUCAUUCAAGAAAAUCAUGUAUCUACCGAUCCUGUUUUUAUUCAAGCAGAAAAGAAAGUUGUGGGGCUGAAACGAGAUGUGGGUGUGCAGAGUGCACCGGUAAAUGUUAGCCUGGGGAAGACGCCACCGGUGAUGGAGGGGUCAACUAACAGACAAGUGAACGUUGAUGAUUCACCGGUCGAUUUUGCACUUAAGUUGAAAGCUCAACAAGAGGAUGUGAAAUUAGAAGAAGACAAGGAACAUAUGAUGACAAAAGAAAAUAAAGAAGAGAAGAAGAAAGGAAGUCGAUUUCUUUCAUGGAUGAAGAAAAGGCAAAGGCAACCAACAAAAUCCAAAUGCUUGUUUCUCAUUUGUCUUAUCAAAUCUUUUUGAGCUUCAAAACCAAUAAUAUUAUAGUAAAAACAAAAUAAAAUAAAAGGUUAAUGGUGUGUAAACUAAACAUGUUCGAACUAAAUUAUGUAUUUGAUUUUUUUCCUCCGGAAUGUGUUCCACCGGAAGAAACCCUGUACAAGGUUAUUGAUCAUCAAAGUUUAAUACUUUUACCUGAAUGUCUUUUAGAGAUCUCAAGAUCAUUAACCUGAAUGAUA